CGCCUCCUCACGCCAUUAAACCCCACCCGCGCGCGCGGCGGCCGGCGGCGAGCCCUCACCCAUCCGAGCAAGCCGUGGAGGAAGCGAGCGCGCGAAAGUAUCAGGAGGAGGCAUGGGUACCCUGGGGCGCGCGAUCUUCACGGUGGGCAAGUGGAUCCGGGGCACGGGGCAGGCCAUGGACCGCCUCGGAUCCACCAUCCAGGGCGGCCUCCGCGUCGAGGAACAGGUUUCAAGGCAUCGUACAAUCAUGAAUAUUUUUGAGAAAGAGCCAAGGAUCCAUAGAGAUGUGUUUGUUGCUCCCAGUGCAGCAGUCAUUGGGGAUGUUGAGAUUGGUCAUGGAUCGUCAAUCUGGUACGGAUCCAUAUUGAGAGGUGAUGUCAACAGCAUUCAUAUUGGAUCUGGUACUAAUAUACAAGACAAUUCCCUUGUACAUGUUUCAAAAGCUAACAUUAGCGGGAAGGUCCUCCCAACCAUAAUUGGAAGCAACGUGACAGUGGGUCACAGUGCUGUAUUACAUGCAUGUACCAUUGAGGAUGAAGCUUUUGUUGGUAUGGGUGCCACUCUGCUUGAUGGAGUGGUGGUUGAAAAGCACAGCAUGGUUGGUGCAGGAUCUCUUGUUAAGCAGAAUACAAGGAUUCCUUCUGGAGAGGUCUGGGUCGGUAAUCCUGCCAAGUUCCUAAGGAAGCUUACAGAAGAGGAGAUUGCGUUCAUCGCUCAAUCAGCAACCAACUAUAUCAACCUAGCCCAGGUCCAUGCAGCCGAGAACGCCAAGAGCUUCGACGAGAUUGAGCUCGAGAAGAUGCUGAGGAAGAAGUACGCGCACAAAGACGAGGAGUACGACUCGAUGCUUGGGGUGGUCCGCGAGAUCCCGCCCCAGCUCAUCCUUCCCGAUAACAUCCUCCCACACAAUGCUCAGAAGGCGGUUGCCCGCUGAACCUUUUCUCAACCCAUGCUUGGCGUUGUUGCCUGUUGUCUUGGAGCAUUUUGACACGCGUUCGUUCUCUGUUUUUUUAUGAAGCCCAAUAAGAUUGGGUCGAGCACUGUUUUAGGAUCGACCGCACACAACACCACCUCUAUUUUAAACUGCAAUGGACAAGAAGCUCAGGGUCUCAUUUACUCAUCUUUGACUUCUCUCUGUGGAGCACUUGUAAUCGAAGAUCGUGCCCUGUUUUCUGUACUAUUUCAAACUGCAUGCAGACUCCUGGGUUC